CUCAUUAUUCAUUUCCCACAUUGUUGCGUGUUUGGGACAGAAAGAGAAAGGCUGGACUAACACAACUUAGACACUUCCAUUACUUACUGGGGAGCGUGUCUUAGAAAUGUCCUAGUCCUUGCAAAUCAUCAAUUCGGGUUCCUGACUGGGCGGGCUUUCUAUAGAAUUUCGUUUGUUCAUCAGAAUUCUAUUUAAGGGAAACUCUCCUUACUGAACUGGCUGAGCUCUUGUCGGGACGGGGAAUUACUCGUAUUUUUCUGUCGUCAGAUUGCUGAGAAAAACACGCGCGCUUCCUACAGACAGUUACUCAGGAGAGACUGAAAAAGUGUCAAGAUGGCGCCGUUAUCUACCACCAAGGAAGUUCCUAUGUCCGAAAAGCAAACCUCGCAGUAUGUCCGCAGUCAAGAAUAUACGUCCGGGAAGAUCCAACCCACUUUACCGGCAUCCACUCUGCUAUGCUUCGGUGACGGCGGGCCAGAUACGGAGCAGAGCAUCGAAAUUACCUCUCAUGAUUUCAAAGAAGGCGAUUUUGUCUGCCCUGGCUUCUUCGAAAUGGUCAACCCAGAUUGCUUCGUCCACAGGUUUCUCACUCAGGACUGGAAUUAUCAAAUGAGAAGAGUAGCUCAACCGAUCUUGCCCUUUCUCUAUCUGGGUCCAAUGGCGUGCCUACGGGAUAGGGAAUACCUCCAAAAAGAAGGGUUUACACUGCUCCUGGCGAUUCGAAACCAGCGAUCGGCCCAAGCACGCCUCGUAUCCGGUGAUAAGGCAGCUUCAGAACUGGGUAUCGAAGCCGAUUCCGUCGAUGUCUCCGGCAACCAAGAGCUGAUUACCGCAUUUCCUCGUGCAAUUCGACGUAUCAACGACCACAUUUCCAGUCAGGGCCGGGGCGGAUUUGGAUCUCCUAUCCAGAGGAAGGUUCUGGUGUUUUGUGAGUCGGGCAACGAGCGCUCAGCUGCGGUGUUGAUAACGUAUAUGAUGGUCAUGUUCAAUUUGGAUGCAAUGACUGCGCUUAAGACUCUGCAAAAUCGGCGCUUCUGUGUCAGUAUCGAGGAUGAUUUGAGUCAGCUGCUGAUGAGCUUCGAGUCGAUUCUUGAGGCUAAGAGGGACGUGGAAAGAGUUAGGCGUGUAUCCAUUGCGGAAUCAGAUAUUGCUCCUCCUCCGGUGUCUGCCCCAAAGAAAAGAACUUUUGAUUCUCAUGUCGAUGAAGAAAUGGAAGACGGUGUUAUGGAUGUGGAUGGGAGCGAAGAGUGGGAUGCUAGGAAGCCGAUGGCUCCAUUCCAGGACCGCGCAUAGUUGCCUUGUCCUGAACAGCCAUAGAAGCACUUUUAAGGAUAAGUGAACUGUUUGCUAUUAGAGUCUUGAGAGAGUCUGGCGCUCUCUUUGUCUUUCUGUUUUCUUGCCCUGGCUAUUACCUAUGUUCUUAUUCUUGUUUCUAGACUUGUAUGAAGAUACCCUGCUGAAGACUUUUGUAUUAAUAUGAAUUUGCUGCUACUGUUUCUUUACAGUUUUUGUCAUUAUUGAUGUUUUGAAUUUAUGACAGUGACUUGUUUUUGGACUUCACAGAAGAAUGUUGAC